UAGCGCAUGGUGCUCUCUCAGCUGUGUCCCUGGGUACUUGCCGUUGUCGCGUGCUAACGCUGAUUUUUCAGACGUUUUGUCCUAAUUUUCGUGAUCUUCAGCACCUAGUAGGCGGGCCUGCUACGAGAGUCUUGUAUCUUCUUGCGGCUGCAUUUUUGCGCCCGGUUGGCUGCGUGGGUCAAGCAUCACAAGAAUCACAGUACAAGAAUGGCAACUGAAGCUGAUGUGGUGAGCAACACAAAUGACUUCAAUGAGGAAGAGAAUGGCAUGGUUGAGGUCAUCAAUGGUGACAGUCACAAAACAGCAAACAAGAAAAAACGCAAGAAGAAAAAAGCUCCAGGUGCCGUGCCACCCUCGGACGCGGCGUCGGUCGCCGAGGUUACCGACCUGCUGGACAACCUGCACGGCAAGCUGAACGGAGAGGCGGCUGACGAGGAGGAGGACGUCGACGACGGCCCGCCCGGUGACGCUGCCGGUAAAAAGAAGAAGAAAAGGAAAAAGAAGGGAAAAGGUGGCCCAGUCAAGCAGCAGACCGACCCUCCAUCUAUUCCCAUCAUCGAGAUGUUCCCCAAAAGCAACGCGCCCAAGGGUCAGGAGACGGAGUAUCCCGUGGUUCAGGACUCGCGAGGCGCCAAGGACCGGUUCACGUCGGAGGAGGCGAAAGCGCGCGACAACGCGUAUGAAGAGAUCCAUAACGAGAUCCGACUCGGCGCAGAAGCCCAUCGGCAGACCCGCCAGUUCAUGCAGAAGUGGAUCAAGCCAGGCAUGACAAUGAUCGAGAUCUGCGAGAAGCUGGAGGGGAUCGCGCGCAGUCUGAUCGUGGAGAACGGGCUCAAGUCGGGUCUGGCCUUCCCCACCGGCUGCUCCAUCAACCACUGCGCCGCCCACUACACGCCCAACGCCGGCGAUAAGACGGUGCUGCAGUACGACGAUGUGUGCAAGAUCGACUUCGGCACUCACAUCAACGGUCGAAUCAUUGACUGCGCUUUUACGUUGACGUUCAACAACAAGUACGACAAAUUGCUGGACGCUGUUCGAGACGCAACUAAUACUGGCAUUAAGUGCGCCGGCAUCGACGUGCAGCUCUGCGACAUCGGCGAGGCCAUCCAGGAGGUGAUGGAGUCGUACGAGGUGGAGCUGGACGGCAAGACGUACCAGGUCAAGUCCAUCCGCAACCUGAACGGCCACUCGAUAGCGCCGUACCGCAUCCACGCGGGGAAGACGGUGCCGAUCGUGAAGGGCGGUGAGAAGGAGCGCAUGGAGGAGAACGAAGUGUACGCCAUCGAGACGUUCGGCAGCACGGGCCGCGGCAUCGUCCACGAGGACAUGGAGUGCUCGCACUACAUGAAGAACUUCGACGUCGGCCACGUGCCACUGCGACUGAACCGCUCCAAACAGCUGCUGAACACUAUCAACCAGCACUUCGGCACGCUGGCGUUCUGUCGUCGCUGGCUGGAUCGCCACGGCGAGACCAAGUACCUGAUGGCGUUGAAAGACCUCUGCGAGAAGGACAUCGUGCAGGCGUACCCGCCGCUCUGCGACGUGAAGGGCAGCUACACCGCCCAGUACGAGCACACGGUGGUACUGCGGCCCACCUGCAAGGAGGUGGUGAGCCGCGGCACCGACUACUAGACGGCCGGCGGCCGCAAGGCGGGGACGCCGAGCGCCCCUGGCGGCGAGCCGUCCCCGGCGGCGAGCCGUCCCCGACGGCAGGCGUCCCUGGCGGCGAGCCAUCCCCGACGGCGAGCCGUCCCCGACGGCGAGCCGUCCCCGGCGGCGAGCCGUCCCCGGCGGCGAGCCGUCCCCGGCGGCAGGCGUUCCUGGCGGCGAGCCAUCCCCGACGGCGAGCCGUCCCCGGCGACGAGCGUCCCUAGCGGCGAGCCGUGUCCGGCGGCGGGCGUCCCCGGCGGCAGGCGUCGCUAGCGGCGAGCCGUCCCCGACGGCCGGCGUUAGCGGUCCCGGCCCGUCGCUGCGGUGGUGGCUGUGUCUGUGUGGAGUCGCCGGUAGCUUCGAAAUGGUGUCGGAGGUGGGCGGCUGGCGUGUUUUAACGGGACUCCGCAGGCUUGCGAGUGCGUUUUGCUAACCGUGACAGGUGUCCGAUUUUUGGAGGCGUAACGGGUGGUUGUGCGCGAAAGGCUGAUAAUUUGGCUCGUGCGGCUGCAGAGCACUUGGGCGAGUUGCGAAAUACGUACCCAGAUCUUCACCGAGGUGUCACGCUGUGUGGCGGAUGUUAUUGUGUGCAUAUUAAUCGUCCGAUGUUGACGUGAAAACAACACACGUUAAUAAAGCCCUGGUUUUUAAUCCCUUGAUCGAAAAUCAACAUGGAUACAACACAUGUAAAUAAACCCCGGUUUUUUAUCUGUUGAUCCGAUGUUGACAAAAAGAACACACGUUAAUAAAGCCCUGGUUUUUGAUCCCUC